AUGCGCCUUCGCCCAAUCUUUGCCGAAGCCACUAAACUGUGGCCCCGGUACGCUUACACAACUGGCAGAAGCAUCGACCAUGCGAUCAUACGUGCCUUGUAUCACUGCUCCCAGGUCCAACAAAUCCUGGCGUCGCAACGUCUUACACUACGAGAACGUCGUCACACUGGCCGGAAGCCCACCUCUUGUCAAGGGGGAGUAACGCUCUCUAUUGAUACGAGCAAAGCGUUUGACACUGUCAACAGACAGGUUCUCGAGCAAGAGCUGCGGGCGGCCCGUGUACCGGAGCCGGAGCUGGCAGUUAUCCUCAAUCUCCACCACUGCAUUGGCUACUGGCCUGCAGGCCAGGACCCCCCAACUCGCGUGGCGAGUGAAAGGGGUGUGCGGCAGGGAUGCCCACUAGCACCGAGCUUAUGGACUCUCAUCACCAUCGCACUGUUUCGUGCGCUGGCAGGUGUUACCUCCGUCACAUGGCUGCAAGAGGACACCACGAUGUUCGCGGACGAUCUACUACUCCAGUGGAUCGUCCACCGAGUUCAGGAUUUGGAGAAUAUGGUGGACAUCAUCGCCCACACCUUUCGGAUCCUAGCUCAGCUUGGCCUUCAGGUUCAGCAUCGGAAAACACAACUCAUUGUGGCAUAUAAAGGCAGGCAGGCCACACAAUGGUGGCGAGCCCACACGGCCACCACUGCGGAGGGCCGCUUCCUGCUUAUACCCCAACCUGGCAGCAAGGCACUCCGCCUGCCCAUUGUGACUAAGCUGACGUACCUAGGCAUUAUCCUCUCCUAUGUAGAUGCCACCACUGCCACUGUUGACCACCGUCUGCAGGUAGCCGAAGCGCAGCGUGCUCGCCUUCUCAAGGUCCUCCACUCCCGGACACUGCCCACGACUAAGAGAGUCCAGCUCUGGCAAGCUUGUGUUCGGAGCUCUGCUCUGUAUGGUCUACACCUAGUCGACUUACAGCAAAGGCAUGUAGUCCGGAUCACAGUCACCUUGGUUAGGCAUCUGAGAGCCAUCGCACGCAGUUUUGCGCACAUGACUCAGGAAUCUAGCAGAGCGCUGCUCGAGCGCCUGAACGUAGAGGACCCCUUACUUUCCUUGCUGCAACGGAGCCAAAAACUUCUUGUCAAGACUCGUGAGUCUAGCGAUCCCAUGGUCGCCAGGCCUCGGAUCAUGCACUGGUUGGUUCAUUUUACUGAAUCCAAACUGGCGCUGACCUCGCACCUGGACCGGACCGUAGCGGAGCCCUUGGUUAUUAACCCGUCACCUCAAGAUGCUGACCUCCAGUCUGAGGCAAUCGCAGCGGCUUCUCCCACGCUCCUGCCCGGCCCCCUGAAAGGGGUGCCGUACGGAGCCCCUGUGGCUGGCAAGCACGGUCCUAGAACCACUCGUUUCUCCUGCCCAACCUGCGACCUCUGGUUUCCGGACCUGGAUACAGUCUCUGCACUACGUAGCCACAAUGACCCGGUUCGUGCGCCCUCAGUUCCCACACCUGCCACUGCUGACCCUCCCCAAGAGUCGCUAGGUACCACAGUGCUUGAAGAGCAGAUUCCUGCUACAGUGACCGAGGUGACUACGACAGCCACGGCCCCGGUGGUGCCGUACACUGUUGCCGCUCCCACGGGCUCACCGCUCGAUGGCUUGCUGCCAGAAAAACCUGAGGACUGGCUACGAUUCGCUCGACAGCCCAAAGCUCAGGAGCUUUUGCGGCAAUUCUGCACUACGUGCGGACAGUGGCUCGUAUCGGUCAAGAGCGUCAAGUUGCACUAUCGCUCAGGGAACCGGGGCAGCGACGUCCCAGACAAUCGCAAUGGACCCUCCAAGAUGCCUUCGGGAGAUCAUGCUCUGCUACAUCGAGUCGCAAAGGCCCUCAUCGUCCAAGCGGACUAUCUGUCGCGCCUUCAGAGCGAUCACACUGUCAUCUUCACAUUUCGAACAGGCAACGGCCCACAGCUGAUGGUGCCGCUUCUCCAGGAGGUGGCGACAACUUGGCGCGAACAACGACAGCAGAACAAGGUGACCCGCUCCUUGAAGCAAACUCUCAUCCAAUAUCUUGCCGCCGAACUGGUGACCAGGAUCAAUGCCUUCUCAACCGACACCGAAUCCCAGAAGAGGGCUCAGGAACUAGGAUGGAUCACGUCGGAGGGGGAGUUCAACUUCUUGGACUGGGACUUCGAGGACAAGAAGCUCGUCCCCCGGCAGGAGGUGAUGCUUACUCACGAUCAAAUCCUCACCGAUGCCAAGAGACUCAAAGCCCUGCUGAAGAAUCCAGACCUAGUCUUGAAGUUCAGCGGAGGCCGCAACGCCAAGCCCGACUCGACAUCCGAGACAGCGACAUUUGUGUUGGAGCUGUCCAUGCAGCAACCAGAAGCAUCGGAGGCGAUGGCGAUCUUCCGGAAAUGGUAUGCCAACUCAGCGCUCCUGCUCCUCUCUCUCCGGCUCAAACCGGCCCGCCCAGAGCGGUCGCCGUUGAUCAAGGAGAUCCAGGAGGCCGUGGGAUGGUAG